AUGCCGCUCGACGAAGAAGGAAACAAGUGGUCCUGUGAACCUUGCGUUCGUGGCCAUCGAUCCUCCAAAUGUAUGCAUUUCGAGCGGGUGAUGGCAAGAGUGCCUAAGGCUGGGCGACCCUUAUCAAAGUGUCCGCAUCCCCAAGGUAAUUGCGGCUGUGUAAAGACAUGGUUCGUAGUGGUGCGGAUUCCCAGAGGUUCUGGCUGUGUGUGCCGACCGGUCUAUACAGUACCUGCUACUCCAAACGAUUCAGAUGAAUCUACUCCCGCCGUACCGCAAGCUACAUCGCCGGCACCGGGCAAAAUUCAGAAGUCUACAAGGAGGCAGAGCCAUAUCCAAGCGGCACCGGAGAACAUAGCAAAGGCCCUAGAAGCCAUGCCGGACAAGUUAAAGUUGGAGGAUGGGGCCCCUAAAUACCUUGCUGGCCUUCCUCAGCACCAGCAUGGUCUGAAUGACAAACGUUCUCCAAACCUCAAUGAAACACCCUCGCCUCCACCUGUUGCCCCGAGCAGUGGAAGGUCAUGUUGCGGUGGAAAGACAAAUGCUCCCUCAGCACCGAAUCCCUCGACUCCGCAAAUGUCUAGCCAAACCCAGCAUCCUGUUUUGGAUGAGAACAACUUGCCUUAUAUGGGUUACCCGUGGCAAAGUUCAAUGCCCCCAACGCAGGCAUCGCCUAUGCAGCCUUUCGGCAUGCAACCGACCCCAGUCCAACAGUACGUGAAUGGUUUCACGCCAAAUAUCCCUUCUGCGUCAUAUUUGCACUCCAUGAAUCGCCUUCAUAUUUCCGAAAGCUCCAUGUCUCCGUUUGCCGCUCAGAAUGCCUAUGCUCCGGCACCGGCAGCAACUCCUGGCAGCUGUCUCGAGUGCGAAUGUGGAGAUGAAUGUCAGUGUCUAGGCUGUGCCACUCACCCCUACAAUAAUACAACUCGCCGGCAUGUUCAAGAGAUGAGUGCCAUGCUGUCCUUUGACAGGGAUGAAAUAUCAACCGAACCCAUGACGGAACCCUGGAGAACUCCCCAUCCAUUGCACAGCACUCCGAUGACUUUUGAACAAUUUAUGCAUCCCAUGGACCAUCACAUCCACCAAAGCAUAAAUCAACAUGAGUACUCAGAUCUCAACUCGGCUGUACCUAGCGGAUACGCGUCUCCUCUACCGGCAGGCAAUCAGCUGAUGCAAACAUCAGACUAUCUGACUCUGCAAUACCCCGUUGGAAUACCCUCAGCCUGCUCUGACGUUACAGGGAGCUGUCAAUGCGGCAACGACUGCACCUGCUUUGGGUGCGUCACGCACAGCGGUCACAACGGUAUUUCUCUGGAUGCGCCCUUGCCCGAAACAUCUAGCGCCAAUACUACAGGGUCCCAGACACAAUGUCAUGGAAUGGCUGUCCCAACCUCUGAUGGCUCCACAGGCUCCCGAUUUCCAGUCUUGGAAAACGUCUCAGUGCCCUGCUUGAGUCCGCGCAAUUUUCACACCCAAUGA